AUGGCCGACGACGCACUCAACAAGAAGAGCAUCAUUGACUCUGACGUCUCAUCGGACGAGUCCGAUUGGGAAGACGCCGAGGUCGAGGAAGAAGAGACAUUGACUUUUAUCUCACUCCUUGAUGACUCGGUCUUCACCAGCCACGCUGCCAUGCUACAGCACUGCCGGGAGAAACAUAAUUUCGACCUCCUGGGUGUCCGUCGCCGUCUCGGUCUCGACUUCUUUGGGACCGUCAAACUUGUCAACUUUGUUCGCCAAUGCACCCAUGAUGGCACUGGGUUGCCCCAGAACAUCUCCGCUGACGACAUUUCUGAUGACCGCUUUCUCAAACCUGUCAUCGAGGACGAUGCCCUCAUCAUGGCUCUCACAGAAUUGGACCUUGACUCGGAACCCAUUGAGAGUGCGCAAGUGGCACCUCAUUCGGCCUCCAAUCGCGAGGCUUUUCUCGAAGAGGAGUUGAAGAGGGUUCAGGACCAGUAUGCCAGUUAUCGUCUCGCUGUUGAGCAAACUUUGGACAGGCGUUGGGGAGAUGACGCUCCAAGCACCUCUAGUGCUCGCAGCGAGAAGCCAGGCGAGAAGGAAGCUCGAAAGGAUGAGUCUCAAUACUACUGGGAGUCGUAUGCUGGCAAUGACAUUCACGAGACCAUGCUGAAAGAUGCCAUUCGGACGGAUGCCUACCGUGACUUUGUCUAUGGCAAUAAGCACCUGUUCAAAGACAAGACUGUUCUUGACAUCGGCUGCGGAACUGGUAUUUUGAGUAUGUUCUGUGCCAAGGCCGGUGCUGCCAAGGUCUAUGCAGUGGAUAAGUCGGACAUUAUCGACAAGGCCCGGGAAAAUGUGUUCCACAACGGACUUGCCGACAAAAUCACCUGCAUAAGAGGAAGAAUUGAAGAGAUCGAUCUUCCAGUAGACCAGGUCGACAUUAUAAUCAGUGAGUGGAUGGGGUACUGCCUUCUCUAUGAAGCGAUGCUUCCUAGCGUUCUUUGGGCCAGAGACCGUUAUCUGAAGCCUAGUGGGCUUCUCGUCCCGAGCGUUUCGACCAUCUGGGUAGCUCCUGUCUCAGACCCCGAGUAUGUCACCGACAAUAUUACUUUCUGGGAUGACGUGUACGGCUUCGAUAUGAAGUCGAUGAAGGCUGGUAUCUACGACGAGGCCCGGAUUGAGGUUAUGCCCGAGGAUGUCGUUUGUGGCUCACCUGCCCAAAUCGCGUUGCAUGACCUACAUACGGUCAAGGCCCAGGACCUCGAUUUCGAAGCCCCGUGGAAGUCAACUCUGUUUAAGGAUAUACCUUCGCUUGAUGGAUUCUUGAUUUGGUUUGACAUUUUCUUCACCACUUCACGGAGCAACACGAUCCCAGCGGACUUGCAGGUGAAGCCUGGUGGGAACAGCGUGAGCAAGCCUGGUGAGGUGGCCUUUACCACCGGUCCAUUUGGGCCUGCCACUCACUGGAAGCAAGGUUUCUUGAUGAGCAAGCAUCUCGAAGAGAACGUCGGAGUCAAGGCUGAUUCUGAGAUAUCUGGCCGGAUUGUUUUCAAAGCGCCCGAGAACAACCCGCGCGCGCUUACGAUCAGCAACACAUGGACUACGACGGGCCAGGGUGUGAAAAAGCAAUUAUGGAAGUUGCGAUAA